AUGUCCGAUAUCAAGCAAGACCCGGCUAGCGAUUCAGAGACAACCAUCGAGACGUCAGACCAGGCGACCCCUCCGCCUCCCCCAGAUGGAGGGAUGACUGCAUGGCUGCAAGUUCUGGGAGGGCAUCUCCUCUGCUUCAAUUCAUGGGGCAUCAUCAAUACGUUCGGCGCGUACGAAACCUUUUACGAAACCGAUUUCAUGAGCGGGCGAACUUCUUCGGAGAUCUCCUGGAUCGGAACCGUGCAGGGAUUCUUCCUGAUCGUGCUGGGGAUCAUCGGCGGGCCGAUCUUCGACCGGGGAUACUUCCGCCACUUGCUUGUCACGGGUACAUUCCUGGUAGUUUUCGGGAUGAUGAUGACCAGCCUGGCGACGACAUACUGGCAAGUGUUUCUAGGGCAGGGGAUCUGCGUCGGUCUCGGGGCGGGAUGUCUCUUCCUCCCCAGCGUGGCCAUCGUAGCCACCUAUUUCAGUCGCCGGCGCGCCUUCGCCACGGGAGUCACCGUGUCGGGCGGCAGCAUCGGCAGCGUGAUCUACCCGAUUGUGUUUCGCCGACUGCAGCCUUCGAUCGGGUUUCCCUGGGCGACGCGCGUGAUCGGGUUCAUCGCCCUGGCGACGUUGACGGGGGCGAUCGCCGUGCUCCGGACGAGACUGCCUCCUCCAAAGCGAGCCCGAAGUAUGAUUGACUCCGCGGCGUUUCGCUCCCUCCCUUUCGUCCUGUUCAGUAUUGGGUCGUUCUUCGCCUUUAUGGGACUAUACAUUCCUUUCUUCUAUGUCAUCUUCUACGCGCAGAGUAAAGCGGGGAUGGACGAGUCCCUGGCCUUCUACAUGCUUUCUCUGCUCAACGGGUCUUCUGUUUUCGGCCGUAUCAUCCCGGGCCUUCUGGCUGAUCGGUUCGGGUCCUUGCAGAUUAUGGUGCUCUGUACGGCCGUCUCGGCUCUGCUUUCCUAUGCGUGGAUCGCCAUCCACGACCCAGCAGGCCUGAUCGUCUUUUGUCUUCUUUAUGGCUUCUUCUCGGGGGCCGUCGUCUCGCUGCCGGCUUCCGUGCUGGCGCGAUUACCGCCAGAUCUCGGGCGCGUGGGGACCUGGAUGGGCAUGAGUUUCCUGGUCCUCAGCUUUGGGUUUCUGAUUGGGAAUCCCAUCGCGGGAGCCAUGAUUCAUGUUUCCGAAGGUGAAUUCAGCCAUGGCUUCGUCUUUGCGGCGACGAUGGUCACUGCUGCCGGAGUGAUUUUUGCUCUCGUCCAUUUCAUCCAGCUUAGGAUCGCUAGGGAUUGA